AUGAACGGAUUCAGAACAAAUAUACUCCGAACACUACCUUUCCGACGCAGUAGGCUCAAUAGACGAGACCUGGGAAAUGUUGCUUGCGGAUUGCCCAAGGAACUUCAGCUAAUUGUGAGUGAAAAGCAAGCCAACUCACCUUUGAAAACACAGGAGCUAAACGCCGUGCUUUCAUUUGUGCGAAGAACAAAUCAUUCUUUAACAAUCAAACAGCGUGCAACGCUUAUACAAGCAUUACACAGACGAGAUGCGCAUCGCGACGUGUUGACGGUCGCGAAAUCGGCCCUUUUUGAACCCAAUCAGAAUUUCAGAGAUAACGUGUCCGCCAUAGAGCUGAAGAAGUUCUUUGCAUCGCUCAUUGCCAUGGGAAAAACAAUGCAACUCGCCCAGAGCAUGUUCCAAAUGAUCCGGCAGUUCUCCCUGACGAGGAAGAGUAUGGUAUUUGGGGUCAUCAAUGCCACAUUUACAGAGGCAUCGCUGUGCCUCGGCGUCUCGGAGUCCUUGCUUAUCUGGGUCAAAUUCCACAAAUUUUUAGAAGGACACGCCGAUUUUACGAGUUACGAAAAUGAUAAAGCGCAGCUAAAGACACUCCUCUUUUUCCUGCGAGCUCACAAACUAGACGCAACCGCGGUAAGGGAAUCCUUAGACUUGAUAGACAAGACACAGGGCCCUCUCACUGCAUCUCAGUUUGCUUCCACUUUGAUGUAUUUGACAUCUUAUAAUCGGGAAUUCGCUUUAACGGAAACGGUAUGGGAUUUCAAAAAAGACAAAAAACACCCCAUCAAAAGCUCGGAUUUGACUCAGAUCUGUAAGGCAUAUUGUCACUUUCAAAAAUACUCUCUUGUCGAACCCGUGCAUUUGCAACAUCCUGAGGCCCACGAUGACGACUCCCAAUUCGAUUACUUACUCGUGGCCCAUGCUAAGCAGCAGGACUGGCAAAGCCUUCAAAAUCAAUUCCACGCAUUGUUUGGUAUCGGUGAGUUACCUAGCAUAGCUCACUAUGGAAUUGUGAUGUUUUCAGUGGCAUGUUUAGGUGAAAAAGAGAUGGUAGAUAAGCUCUACCGCCAGCUUCUAGGAAGAAAGAUGAUCCCGACACUUCCUGUCCUACAGGCCCUUCUGCUGGUCCAUUAUAAAAGAGGCGACUACAGCGGCUGUUUCGAGCACUUCGAACUUUUCACCAAGUAUGGCAUCAAACCUACCGCAAGCAGCUGUCAAAUUAUGCUUCGCGUCUAUCGCAAUCUGAGCGACAUAGAUGGAGCCCUUCGCUUCCUCAAGAAGAUGACCGAUUCCAAAGUUGAGAUUGCCGAGCGGCAUUUCGCAACUAUCAUUGGGACGUGUGCUAAAACUACAAAUCAUGCCAUCGCGGAAGAGCUCUUUCAAGUUAUGAAAAGCUACUAUAAUAUAGAACCUACAGGAACUUCAGUUGCUGCAUUGUCUCAGGUUUACAUUGAAAGCAGCAUGCCUCAAUAUGCUCUGAAGCUAUUCAAGGAAUACUGUGGGACAGGACGCGUACUGGAAAGAGGCAUUGCUGUCUAUAACAAGGCCGCGGAGGCAUACAUGCGGAUGGGUCGCGUUGACAUGUCAGGGAAGAUAUUUGAGGAUGUUUUGAGCAAAAACCUACCUGCAGACUCUGAAUUUUACGCUGUAAUGCUAAAGUAUCUUUCUAUUUACAAAAGAGAUUUCGAAACGGCCGAUGGUGUGUUGGAACAGCUGCUGCAUCAUUCGGAUCUCAAAGCAUCACCGUCACACUUUGAAGUCCUCAUGGAGGCAAAUGAUAAAAUUUCGAAUCAUGGAGGAGUUUUGAGGCUUUAUCAAAAAAUACUGGACAACAACGUUCCCGUGAAUUCCAAAAUCUUGUACUAUUUGAUCAAGGCUACUUUUAUGAUGAAGCUUCAGUCAAAAGAAAAUCUGGAUGAGGCGAUCGGCUUCGUCGAAGAUAUCAUGAGUCGAUCCGCCAAUAGAGCUCUCGACAUCACUUUCGAAAAACUUCAUCCUUCAGUAAUGGCAUGGCCGAUGCGAGCAGCCGCCAAAUUUUAUAGCCCUCUGAAGGCUAUUGAGCUCAUGAACAAAUACAAUGAACUUUUUUUCGAUAAAUCUGAUUCUGCCGCGAGUAAUCUUGUUGUUUUGAGAAGCCUGCUGGUAUUGUCCGCCGAAGUACAUCAGUGGGACGAUUUCCAAAAACUCUACGAAAGAUACAUGGAAAAGCUUCACUUCUACAAGAGUCAACCAUCGGCGAUAGUUCCAAAUAAAAAGCUCGCUUCAUCCCUUCGAGGUGUCUUGCCAUAUAAAGUCAAGCAUUUAGUGGCUACCGAUCGCGUCACUGAAAUUCCUCAGCUUCUGAAGGAAAUCACAGCGAAGAACUUUGUCAUAGAUAAUGAGGCUUGGAAUGAGGCUAUCAUGAGCGUGUUCGCAGACAAGAGAACGAUAGAUUAUGGCUUGCAGAGUGUUGACUCGAUGCUCAUUCAUGGUUUCAACUUGGUUCACAAGUUCAGACUUUUGAGAAAGAACGCCGCUGCCAACACAUCAACCGACAGAAAUUCGUGGUUUUUGGAAAGGAAACGGCAGGACCCUAGUAGCUUUCAACCCAGACUUUACCUGAAAUCGACGGUCCACGAGAAGAUCGCCCAGGCUAUGGACACUUAUUUGUGCUCCCUGGCUGACAUAGAGGCAGAGCUGGAACGGCUAACGAGUCACUAUAAGUAUUUCAUGAAAAGCUACCUCAUGAGCCCAAGAACAAAAAUACCAGGAUGGGACGAUAUUGAACUGCGACAUGCGUCGUAUCUCUCGAAAUUGAGAAAUGGUAAAAAAGCUCUUCAUGAGCCCUUUUAA